AUGGCAAGAAGAUUAGAACGAUUCGCUUUAACCGAAGUUCGAUAUAAAUUACAUCUAUCCUAUUUACACCAAUGUAAAGAUGCGAAGUCGUUACCGUCUUUCCUGCAGUCAAGACCCCCUAUUGAUCAUCCGAAAGCGUGGAAAAUCACCGAAAAAGCUGGUUGGGCCUAUCUACGCGUAUUGAUAGGAAAUUGCCAUAAUAACUUACGUAAUAUCAAUGUUGAAUCAACCGAGCUGAACGAAAAAAUCAAGAAGAUCCUCGACGAAAAUACACUAGGUAUGUUAAAAACCACCAUCUCUAAUCGAUGCAUGUAUGAAAAAAACAAGAUAUCAAAGAGACAUGAAAGAAAGUUUACUAAAGUUCAACGUAAAGAUAAAAAACAUGAACAAGCGCAGAAACGUUGGGUUAUAAAUAAUUCUGAUCGGGCAUUAAUCACCCUACUUAGAAAAGGAAUGAACUUUGCUAUUACUCCCAAGAGAAUACCUAUAAAAAACAUAGUUGCUUCAGUGGAACAAGGAAUUAAAAAUUUAGAUGCCGAUAAGAAAAAUAGAGUUCGAGAAAAUGUUUGCUCUGUUAUAAAGAACGCUAGGCACCCAAGCAACUCAAACCUUUCACGUCAAGAAGAGAUAGCCCUGAAAGAUCUACGCAGUGACAAAAAUAUCUUAGUUACAAAAGCCGACAAAGGUAAUGCCAUGGUAGUUAUGAAUCAAGUAGAUUAUAAAAACCAAGUAGAAACAAUGUUACAGGAUGAGAUUGUGUACAAACGCAUAACAGAUAAAAGACGUAAUCCAACUUCAAAAACCGACACAGAGUUACAAGAACGUUUAUUAAAAGACACUGGUUUUUUAACAGAUAAUGAGUACAAAAGACUGAGACCAUUUGAUUCCUACCCGGCGGCGUUUUACGGUUUGCCAAAGAUACACAAGGUUCCUUUAGUCGAGCAAAAUGAUCAUUUUACAAUAGAAGCAGACACGGUAGUUCCUCUUAGACCAAUAAAUAGUUCAAUUGGGUCUCCAACGUAUGAAAUCUCCAAAUAUUUGGGGCGCAUUCUAAAAUACUUGUACAAUGAUGUUUACACAGUUAGGAACUCUAAAGAAUUUGCCAGUUUUAUUUUCAAUCAAAAAAUUGAACCUAAUGAGCGUAUCGUCUCAUUCGACGUAACAUCUUUAUUUACAUCUAUCCCCGUUGAUUUGGCACUCCAGAUUGUUAAGGAAGAGCUAAACAAUACAACGACUUGGACACAGCAUACUGGAUUAUCUGCAGAUUAUAUCUAUGGCUUGCUAAAAUUUGUUUUGAACAACAGUUAUUUCAUGUAUGAAGAUUGUUAUUAUCAGCAAAUAUUUGGAUGUCCCAUGGGUUCGCCAGUGAGUGCGGUAAUUGCAGAAUUAGUUAUGCAAAGAAUAGAAACAACUGCCCUGCAAACAUCUCCCGUUUGGGUGCGAUGGUGGAAAAGAUAUGUAGAUGAUAGCAACGCCUGUGUAAAACAAUCGGACAUUUCAAUAUUUCACAAUCAUCUAAAUACUACCAUUUACAUAUAUCGGUGAAUCAAAGAGAUGUUGGGCGACAAGGUGGUUAGAACACAAACCGGGAGUUAGAAAGAGAAUUUUUUCGACAAUAAAGGAACACGCUGAAUGCACUGGUCACAACGCUGCAAAAUCAGACGCUGUAAUAUUAGAAAAGGGAGUUAAGAACUACGAACAAAGGAUUUUCUUAGAGGCUUUACAUUCCACUCUUAGUGAAAACACGGCUAAUGAACAUACUGAAUUUCCGGCUUGUUAUUCUAUAUUAGCAGAUGAAAUAAAGCGGAACGAUAAACAUUAUAAAUAGAGGUGUAAUGACUCUUGCCAUAUACUCUGAUGAAGGCUUGCAGUUCGCAGCCGAAAAUUUAGUUUUAAUUUUACUAGUUUUUAUUUUAAAUAAAAUGUUUUUAACCAGAUCAGCUACAAACCUUAGAAAAGUUAUCAUGUAUUCUACUGAUCGCCUCAACAGCAUAUAUAUAUAUAUAUAUAUAUAUAUAUAUAUAUAUAUAUAUAUAUAUAUAUAUAUAUAUAUAUAUAUAUAUAUAUAACAUUGAAAAAACCUAGUGAUCCCUAACAAUCGCUAACUUUAAAUACCAAAAAUGCAGAUAACGAAAAAAGAAAUAACAAAAAUAUACGAACUUAUACACAAUGCUAUACUCCAAACUAAACUAAUAAAAGUAAUUGCCAGUUCUUAAUUAACAUUUACGAAUACUUUGACAUUAAAUAUUUUUUUAAUUAAGUUUGUUUUGAAAUGAUUGAAGAGAAUAAUUAGCAUUCCUCACAUUUGAAUUUAACAUAUUGAAAAAUUUUGGAGCCUGAACUCUCACGGAGAACUGUCGGAUAUUAGUUUACAAAAUGGAAAAUAAAUAUUAAUAAUAAUAAUAAUUUAAUUCGCCACCAACAUAUAUUCCUGAAGAAACUUAAUGCCUCUGCCUUUCUAACGGUAUCAGGGAGGGAAUUCCACAGUUUUAUUGUGAAUUGUUUCAUAUUAGUUCUAAAUACAUGAGAUUGAUACGAGUCGACGUUUCUAGUGUUACAGUUAUGGUCUUAUGGACUUGUUUGUUUGGUAGAAGUAUUGCUAGAACUGCGCGUGUUAUAAUGAUGCACCGAUUGACUUCAAUAAAGUAAUCAUUAAAACUACUGGAAAGUAAACCAUUUUGGUAAGAGUACAUAAACGUGCCUAAAGUUAGCAAAUAUAUGUCAUUAAAUUUAAAAUACACGAUUCAUUAAAUAUAUUGGGCCAGUAUGUGCAUCAUAUGCAUCCUUAUUAAUACACCACACGCUUUUGUAACAAAAUUAUGCGCUUAAGGUUGGAAGCCGGUCGUUGAUCUCCACACGGUGACACAAUAUUGCAGAUAAGGAUAUAUAAUUAAUAAUACAAUAAUCGCAGAGAUUAAGGCAAGAAUGUAUUAGAGUUAAAUAUAACACCUAUUGAUUGUAUGUUUGUGAUGUUACUCUGAGUGCAUAUCCACACCGGGCGAGCUUGAAAAAUAUGCCCGGCCACGGUGGGAUUCGAACCUACGACCUUUGGAAUACUAGCCCAAUGCUCUUCCAACUGAGCUACGCGGUCAGGACGGUUCGAGUAAGUGAUAUUUCGGAACAGUAUCUAGUUCCUUCAAUACCAAUGUGUUCUUGUAAUAUGAAUUUUUUCUGUGCUGGUGUUGUGUACUCAGGUGAAUAAUAUGUUUGUGAUGUUACUCUGAGUGCAUAUCCACACCGGGCGAGCUUGAAAAAUAUGCCCGGCCACGGUGCAUAUUUUUCAAUUGGGCUAGUAUUCCAAAGGUCGUAGGUUCGAAUCCCACCGUGGCCGGGCAUAUUUUUCAAGCUCGCCCGGUGUGGAUAUGCACUCAGAGUAACAUCACAAACAUAUUAUUCACCUGAGUACACAACACCAGCACAAAAAAAAAUACCUAUUGAUUGAUUAUUCAUACUAGACUUAUUGUUUAAAUCAACAAUGAAAUUAAGUUGUUUUCAAUAUAUUUUGAACAUUUAAAAACACAGGAUUCAGUUUAAUUUCUGUAAGCAGUUUUUGACAAAGAUGAAAAGAUAAAAAAUGAUUUAAGGUAUUAAUAUAUUAAAAGUAGAAAAACAGGGCACUUUAUAGUCCAGUUUCACUUUCCUUCGCCCAGUGGUGUAGUUUCCUUGUAAAAAAAUAUAAUUUACUCAUGAAUAUUUCAAUGAAGGUCAUGUUCAUGCAUGCACUGACCUGAAACAUGCAUAUAAAUACAAUGGGAAUUUAACAUAAAUAAAAUGCGAUAUUAUGGUGGCCGAGAGCUGCCAGUUGAAAUUUCUCAAAUAUUUUGUAAAUUUUUUUCUUCAUUAAUUUAUUUUUUUGGUUUUUAUUUAAAUAAAUCCAUUUAAAUUAAGAAACAACUGAGUGUGACCGAAGACUGCCACUUGGCCGAUCGCUGCCACCUAGUUCUCAGGCCAUCGAAUGAAAACGCGUCCCAUUCACAAAUAUGGCGGAUCGCGAUAGUUGGAAAGAAGAUAUUCAACUCAAAACAGACUUAGACUAAGAGAAAUAUGUAUGUCAAGGAAUGACCAGAAAAUAAAUUUUGAAUUUUGUAGGGCGACAUUUUUCGAGCUAUGAAUGGAGCAUACGCACAUUAGACAGGCGUUUACGUUACUAGUUGAUGAUGUGAGAGAAGCGAUACAAAAGGAAUUCGAAGGUAAAAAAAAUAAGACAGGGGCACAACUUACUUGUUUCUCAUGAUGCUGUGUAUGACGUGAUGGCCGACAUUGAUCCGGAAGGGUUAACGGCCCGUGGCCAGGUUGGCAUUAAUAAACAGCGAAAGAAAGGUAAUUUUACUUCAAAGGUCGAUAUAUAUAUUCAAAAUUAUUAUAAAAUUAAAAGUUAUUAAAACGUAUCUUUGAGAAAACGAGAUCUUCACAGCAAAAAUCGCAAUAUAUUUCAACAGUUUUUAAUCGAACGGCGCGUUGAGAAUAAGCCGCAUUGAGGCCCGCGUUGCAUUUCGGGAAGACCCUCAUCCAUCCGUCCGCAUUUUACGCUUUCGUCCGUUCGCAUUUUACCCUUUCAUCCGUCCGUCCGCAUUUUACCCUCUCAUCUGUCCGUCCGUCCGUCUGCCGUCUAUUCGUCCGCAUCCGCGUUUUACCUUGACCUCAGUUCUGGCUCUAUCUCAAUAAAAUCACAAGGACGUUAAUGCUAAGUAUUUUGGCUAUGUCUCUGGGCUGAGAAACAACUCUUUUAACGCGAUCAUGGUAUUUAAAACAAAAGUAACGCAAAGCCUAUCCGAAACGGCAAAGACAACACUAAAAUGAAAUAUUGUCGAUGGGUUGCUGGCAGAAGACUUACGACAGGAUCACUCUUAAAUAAUCUUAAACUAGAAGAAUAAAUGUUCACAUCAAAGACAAAUAUCAGUGCCAAAGCCAAAAAUUGCCCUGUAAACGUGCGACGAAGUGGACGGAAAUGUGUGCAUGAGCUGUUUAUUUGGUGAUUACAACGAAUAUGAAAGCCCUCUUUCCAAUAAUACUUAUGCUAAUCGCACAGAAUAACACCAACUGCUAUAAUAGUUCAAAUGCAAUGAUAAGUUACCUCUUGGCUCUUGAAUUACGUCAAAAACUGUGUUGGAAAUUUAAAUGCUGAUCCAUUACAUGACAUUACCGUUUUACAUCGUUGUAUAAAACAUUUUGAUCGCAUGUAAGGAAUUAUUUCUCCCGGCACAGAGACAUAGCCAAAAGACUUAGCAUUAACGUCCUUGUAAUUUUAUUGAGAUGGAGCCAGAACUGAGGGUUUCAGAAAGCUUUAUUUGUACCUUCCCAAAGUUGUAGACAAGAUAUGUUGUUUACGUCCAACACACAUAAUAUAACAUAACUCAAAAUGAUUCGAGCAAAACCGGUCUUUUGUUAAAAGGAAGACUGGUUAAUAGAAAUUGGUCUUUUUUAGUGACAUAAUCGUUUGUCGUCAUCGAUCCGUGUCGUUGAACAAUGAAAAAAGUUGUCGUGAAAUUAGUAACAUAAAAUUGCAGUUUGUGAGAAAACUGCAUGCAGGUCUAUAGAGCGGGAACUUUCAGUCGGAUUUAAACUCAGCGUGUUCGAAAGUGUUAGUUCCCGUAAAAUAUUUCAGUUCCAAGACAGGUGAAAUAAAAAUCGCUUUCUAGGCACUUUUCGAGGUCACAGCAUACGGCCUAAAUAAUUAUUAGAACAUUUGGUGCACAGAACUUCAUGAAAUCAUACCGAAUGUGGUUACAAUUAAUUAAGUCGUUUGGUUGUUUUCCGGUAGAUAAAAGUUAUGGAUGGAUACAAACAGGUGUUAAAAUCUGGCAUUUUAUAAUAUUCAAAAUAAAAUCAUUCAUAAAUUCUUUGUAGGAUUGCAUGGCGAUAAAACAUAUAACACUUUUGUUUGUGGAAAUACAACCUAAAUUUAUUACUGCGAAGCUUUCAAUCUGUAAGCCCGGAUGUUCAUCAGUGCAUAGAUAGUGAUCAGUGCUAAUCAUAUGUGACGUUCAAUUCAAACGCCCAUUUUAUAUACCAAAAUCAUUCAUUCCAACAGCAGCUAUUUGGUUUGAAGGAGCGUCUUGCUGUCAUGCGUAGCAGGCAUUGCUAUAAGUUAUGGGGAAAGAUCAAUUGCCUAAAUUUCAAGCAGGUGGUUCUUAAUCCACUGAAUGGUUUUUACGCGGGUUUACUGUGUCUUAUUAAAAAUAAUUAGAAUACCAUUUACAAGCGAUUGAUGUCUUAGGACAUUAAAGCAAUAUUUAGCUACAACUGUCCCCAUGCACAGAUAUUAAAUAUUUUUUUGUGUAAUUUGACUUAUUUCGUCAAACUUUCGAUCCGCAUGCUUGGAUCUUUGGCAUCAGCACGUAUAGUAGUGUAAAUAAUUUAAUAUCAAGAUUUUGUUCACGUCUCACUCGAUUGGAUAAUAGUUGAUGGGUUUUGUAGACGGAAAUUAUGGACUAAUUUUUAUCUACAAAACCCAUCAGAUAAUUUAAAAUGUGAAGAUGAGCAUGAGGGCUUACAGAUCGAAAGCUUUGCCCGCCGAAAAUAGAUACGCACUAUAGUGAGGCCACAAAACAACAAUUAACAUAUUAAUCACAGAAUAAACCAACACAAGACACCACUACAAGGUCAUUUUAUAUUUUGUUUUAAAAUUUAUCAUAAAUUAACAAAUUUAUCAGUAAAAAACUAAAUUCCAAAGUUUCUACGAGAAAUAAAGAAGGCAAUAAUGAGCUGCAAUGAUGUACACAUACACAGUGUUGUUCGAUAUCAAUCUUGACAAGUAUUCACAAUCUAGUGUAAAGUUGUAAAGUCUUCCAUAUCAUUAACGUUGUCACACGGUGCUGGGUAGCAGCAUUAAAGCACGGGGAUGGUGUGGGAUCCUUGGAGUAUGGUGAUGGUGUGGGAUCCUUGGAGCAUGGUGAUGGUGUGGGAUCCUUGGAGCAUGGUGAUGGUGUGGGAUCCUUGGAGCAUGGUGAUGGUGUGGGAUCCUUGGAGCAUGGUGAUGGUGUGGGAUCCUUGGAGUAUGGUGAUGGUGUGGGAUCCUUGGAGCAUGGUGAUGGCGUGGGAACCUUGGAGCAUGGUGAUGGUGUGGGAUCCUUGGAGCAUGGUGAUGGUGUGGGAGCCUUGGAGCAUGGUGAUGGUGUGGGAUCCUUGGAGCAUGGUGAUGGUGUGGGAGCCUUGGAGCAUGGUGAUGGUGUGGGAUCCUUGGAGCAUGGUGAUGGUGUGGGAGCCUUGGAGCAUGGUGAUGGUGUGGGAUCCUUGGAGCAUGGUGAUGGUGUGGGAUCCUUGGAGUAUGGUGAUGGUGUGGGAUCCUUGGAGCAUGGUGAUGGCGUGGGAACCUUGGAGCAUGGUGAUGGUGUGGGAGCCUUGGAGCAUGGUGAUGGUGUGGGAUCCCUUGGAGCAUGGGGAUGGUGUGCGAUCCUUGGAGCAUGGUAAUGGUGUGGGAACCUUGGAGCAUGGCGAUGGUGUGGGAGCCUUGGAUCAUGGUGAUGGCGUGGGAGCCUUGGAGCAUGGCGAUGGUGUGGGAGCCUUGGAGCAUGGUGAUGGUGUGGGAGCCUUGGAGCAUGGUGAUGGUGUGGGAGCCUUGGAUCAUGGUGAUGGCGUGGGAGCCUUGGAGCAUGGUGUGCGAUCCUUGGAGUAUGGCGAUGGCGUGGGAGCCUUGGAGCAUCGUGAUGGUGUGAGAGCCUUGGAUCAUGGUGAUGGUGUGGAAGCCUUGGAGCAUAGUGAUGGUGUGGGAGCUUUGAGAGCAUGGUGA